CCAUUCCCUCCUUUCCAAUUCCCACCCUUCAAAAACCGCUCCCUCUCAUUCUCUCUUUUUCAGUUUUCCCCAUUCACCAUUUGCUCUCCUUACAAGGUGGCUCUCACCUCUCUUCUUCACCACCAACACCAUCAUGCAACCAUGCGUCGACGACCUCGCAGACGAUUUCGACAACCUCAGCAUCAACUCCACAGCCACCACUGCUAUAGAAACAAAGCGUAGCACAAGCUCAGGUUCCGAAACAACUACAUGGACAACCACAACCACAACCACAACCACAACCACCACCACCACCACCACCACCAGCAUCGCUUCAUCCUCCUCCAAGCCCCACGCGCCCUCCCACGACCCAUGUUGGGACGCAAUCAGAAAAGUCAAAUCCAAAAACGCCACCCUCAGCCUCGACGACUUCCGCUUCGUCCGCCGCCUUGGCAGCGGCGACAUAGGGAGCGUGUACCUCGUGGAGCUUAAGGAGAGUGGUGGUGGUGGUGGUGGUGGUGGUGAGUCUGGUGAGAGAAGUAAAUGUAUGUUUGCUGCAAAGGUGAUGGACAAGAAAGAGUUGGUGGGAAGGAAUAAAGAUGGUAGGGCAAAGAUUGAGAGAGACAUAUUGGAAAUAUUGGACCACCCUUUUUUGCCAACACUCUAUGCUACGUUGGACACUCCUAGGUGGUCUUGCCUUUUGACUGAGUUCUGUCCUGGUGGUGACCUCCACGUGCUCCGUCAAAACCAACCGGACAAACGCUUCGGUGAGCCUGCUGUACGGUUCUAUGCCUCAGAAGUUGUGGUUGCUCUAGAAUAUCUACACAUGUUGGGGAUUAUCUAUCGUGAUCUCAAGCCUGAAAAUGUACUUGUAAGAUCCGACGGUCACAUAAUGCUAACAGAUUUUGAUCUAUCACUAAAAGGAGAUAAUUCAACAUCAUCAGCUCAAGUUGUGUCCGAUCAAAAUCCACCGAUUACUACAAGUCCAUCUAAUGAAUACCAUAAUGACCCGCCUCAAUUUGCCAACUCAUCGUGCAUUCUACCCAACUGUAUGGUACCAGCUGUCUCGUGCUUUCACCCAAAACGAAAGCGAAGGAAGCGAUCCAAUAAUCGUGGAGCCCUUGAGAUUGUGGCGGAGCCAAUCGACGUGCGAUCAAUGUCGUUUGUUGGGACGCACGAGUACUUGGCACCAGAGAUUAUAUCAGGAGAAGGGCAUGGCAAUGCAGUAGAUUGGUGGACACUAGGAGUUUUCAUAUUUGAAAUGUUCUAUGGUGUGACGCCCUUUAAGGGUCUUGACCAUGAGGUAACCCUAGCAAAUAUUGUGGCUCGAGCCUUAGAAUUCCCCAAGGAACCAACUGUUCCAAGCCCGGCUAAGGACUUGAUGACUCAACUUUUGAUCAAGGACCCCACAAGACGAAUGGGGUCCACAAUGGGUGCAACAGCAAUUAAGCACCAUCAAUUUUUUGAUGGGGUUAAUUGGGCAUUACUAAGAUGUACAAAGCCACCCUACAUUCCACGUCCGGUCAAUUACCGGGACACUGUCCGAGCUGAUAAGGGUGCAGACAAUUCGGUAGAGUAUUACUAGCAAGGAUGGGACUUCAAUGACAAAGUUGCAAAGUUUCAUACAUAAACUAUUGAUUCACAUGAUUCUCAAUUCAAAGCUUUUCAAGGAAAGCAUGCCUUGGAUACCA